AUGAUGCAGCGACCAAUAAUAAAAACCGUCCUGCCAGGCCCCAAAUCAAAAGAAAUAAUCGAAGAAGAUACAGCAUAUGUAACGCCAUCAUUUAGUCGCUAUCCAUAUAAGCUUGUUGUUGAGAGAGCUUAUGGUGUUUGGAUUGAAGAUACUGAUGGGAACACUUUUUUGGAUUGUAAUUCAGGCUUUGCUGUUUGUUCAACGGGACAUUGUCAUCCUGAAGUUGUCGAAGCAAUUAUAAAACAAUCGCAAACAUUGAUUCAUAUGUGUUCAACAACUUACUACUAUCGUGUGUUAUCUCAAUUGGCUAAGAAGCUUGAUGAAUUAGUGCCCAUUAAAGCACCAACAAAAACAUAUUUUGCUACUUCAGGAGCUGAAGCAGUCGAAGCCGCAAUAAAACUUGCUAUGUAUCAUACGAAACGACAAAAAUUCAUUUCGUUUAUUGGUUCCUUUCAUGGUCGAAGUAUGGGUACACUUUCAUUGACAGCAUCGAAAAAAAUUCAUCAAGUUGGCUAUAUGCGUCAAGUAUUAGAUGUUGUACAUGUCCCGUAUCCGAAAAAACUUCGUUCACCGUUUGCUAACGUAAUCGAUGAUGAAAGUGCAUCAAAAGCAACAAUUAAUUGGAUUGAAAACAUCAUUUUUAAAACAACAACACCAGCUGAAGAUGUUGCUGGAAUUUUUGUUGAAGCUGUACAAGGUGAAGGUGGUUAUUUUCCGGCACCACCUAACUUUUUAAAAGAACUUCGGCGUAUAUGUGACGAGAAUGGUAUUCUUUUAAUUCUUGAUGAAGUUCACAGUGGAAUGGGGCGAACAGGAAAAAUGUUUGCUGUCGAGCAUUAUGGUGUCGAACCCGAUAUAAUUUGCUCAUCGAAAGGAAUCGGUUCAGGUUUGCCUAUUGGAGUUUGUGUAGCUCGUGCAGACGUGAUGAAUUGGCCACGGGGAUCACAUGCAUCAACAUUCAGUGGAAACCCAGUGUGUAUUGCAGCAUCACUAAAAACAAUUGAGCUAUUGGAAAAUGGCCUUACGGAAAAUGCACGAAUUAUUGGUGACUAUUUAAAAGCAGGAUUACUAAAAUUACAAGACAAAUACGAUUGUAUCGGCGAUGUCCGAGGUAUUGGUUUAAUGGUCGGAGUAGAAAUAGUUGAAUCAAAAAAGAACAUGGAACCGGCACCAGAAUUACGUGAUAAAAUCGAAAUAGCUUGCUACAAUCGAGGUCUACUCAUAUUUGGUGGUGGAGGUAUAAGUGUUAUUCGAUGGGCACCACCAUUGAUUAUAACUCAAGAAAACGUUGAUGUUGCUCUGGAAAUAUUUGACGAAGCAAUAAUGGCUUCGAUAUGA